AUGGGAAGGCAAGAAUUGGCUGCCCUCACUGUCCUGAUCCUCACUGAGACCCUUUUCUCUCAGACCUGCUCUGCCUCAUUGGGUGCUGACACCCCGACUGCCUGCUGCUUCUUUAUCUCCCAGAAGAUCCCACGCAAUUUUGUGGUGGACUAUUAUGAGACGAGCAGCCAGUGCCCCAAGCCAGCUGUCAUCUUCCAAACCAAGAGAGGCCGGGAGGUCUGUACUGACCCCAGAAAUACCUGGGUCCAGAAAUACAUCACCGACCUGGAGCUGAACUCCUGAGUGGCCUGGAGGUGGCAAGGAGGCCUUGGACCUGUGGGCUGAUUUGGGAGCAAACACCUGAGCCAGGGUGGUGACCCUGCAGUUCUGGAGGCCACUUCUUCUGUGCGUCCCAUCGUCACCCCAGCCACAUUCUGGGGUCCUCCUUAACAUUCAUUUUAAGUUUAUGUAUCUCAUUUCAUUUUUGUAAUUUAUUGCCAUUUUUAAAUUGUGUUAUUCAGUGACUGUUUCCUCUGACAUGAUAUCCUCAUCACCAUCUUUCCCCUUUCUUUGCAGCGCUUUUUGAAUUCUUCUAUAUGUGACUCAAUGAGUGUAAUUAAACAUCUACAGAAAAAUUGUAUCUUGUAUCACACAACAAAUGCUUAUUGAAUAAUUUUUCCCAGCACUGCUUUUAAAAUAUGAAAAGCCACUUAUAUAAACAGUAAA